AUGGAAGUCGAUGAUGGCCCCGUAAAAAUGCAAGACAUGCUUCGCGAGUAUGCUGAGCUGUUGAGACAGUCGAAUGACGAGGGUGCAAAACGCAUGGUAAUGCGAAUGGAAGGUAUCUUAGAGGCUACAGAUGACUCUGGUCGCAGUACUCCUCACUUUGCUGCUGUUGGUGGCUGCAUGCCAAUUCUGCGGCUAGCCAUUUCGCAAAAUAAGGAAGCUGCUAAUCGAACCGAUGAUAUGGGCUGGACUCCGCUAAUGAUUGCCGCUUCCGCUGGUCGCGUUGAAGUAGUGCGAUAUCUGCUGUCUCUUCCUGAAGUUGACGUCAAUCAUAGGAACAAUAAUCGACAAACAGCACUCCAUUACGCAGCAAGUAAAAAUCAUGCAGAGGUAAUCACUUUUUGA